GAGAAUGGGACACAGAGUUGGAAAAACGUUUAGCGAGAGCUGCGAAGAAAAGAAUUUUAGAGAGUAUCGACAAUUUAUCAAUAUUCGGAAAUKGUUCAAUGGAAAAUGGCGGGUUUCUUGAAACCCUUAUAACAACUGUUAUGAAUAAUUUGCAAAUAUAUAUUAGAGGUAUUCAUAUUCGAUUUGAAGAUUCAAUAACUAAUGCAGAUUCUCCUAGAGCCUUAGGUCUAUGUAUACAAACAAUUUCACUGGAAACAACUAACAGCAAGUGGAAGCCAAUUUUGUCACAACAAAAUGGGCAGACUUCGGUGUAUCAAAUUGUCAAAAUUGAUUCUGCUUCAUUUUAUUGUAAUACAAUGUGUUCAACUUUAUUGUAUACUAAUAAAACUAUGGUAUCAGAUUGGCAGGAUAAAAUGCGAUCAGGUCUUAAUAACUUUAAUAUAAAUGAAGAACCUUUGGAAUUCAUAUUGAAACCAGUCGUAUUAAAAAUCAAAAUUAUUGUCAACAAGUCAAAUGAAGUCAGAGUUCCUAAAUUACUUGUUGACUUUGUUCUCCAGGACGCAGCUUUACAAAUGUCUAGAAAACAAUUUGUUGCAUUGGUGGAAACUGCAGAAUUUAUGAAAUUAGCAGAGAUUAAUAGGUUAAUAAAUUCAUAA